AUGCCCACGACAACAACAACGUCCACGGCUACAACGACAACACGCAACAACGACAACACGACAACGACAACGCGACAACGGCCACGCGACAACGACCAUGCGACAACGACAAUGCGACAACGUCCACGCGACGACGUCCACAACUACGACGACGGCACACGACGACGUCCACGCAACGACGACAACACGACGAUGACCACACGACGACGACAACGCGACGAUGACCACGCGACGACACAGGAUGACAACGUCGAUGGACGACGAGGCCCAGCACUACCCCCUUCCCCUUUAUUAUCACACCCCCACACCACUCCCUGUCCCUUCCCUCCCUCCCUUCCUUCCUCCCUCCCUUCCUUCCUCCCUCCCUCCCUUCCCUUCCCUCCCUCCUCCCUUCCUUCCUCCCUUCCUUCCUUCCUUCCUCCCUCCCUCCCUCCCUCCCUUCCUUCCUCCCUUCCUUUUUCCUUCCCUUUCUUCCUCCCUCCCUUCCUUCCCUUUCUUCCUCCCUCCCUUCCUUCCCUCCCUUCCUUCCUUCCUCUCCCCCUCCACCCUUCUCUUCCUGCCCCUUCAUUUACCUUAGAAAAUACAAAAAGCAAAGGUGUUGUAUGGGUCAUAUUCUGGUCCCAUUCCUGUGGAUUCCUGCAGAUUCCGGUGCCAUUCCUCUGGAUUCCUGUGGAUUCUGGUGCCAUUCCUGCGGAUUCCUGUGGAUUCCUGUGGAUUCCUGCAGGAAUGGGUGGGGCACUGUAA